AUGGUGGCAACGUUCAAGAUCGCCGUGCUGGGAGCCCAGGGCGUGGGCAAGAGUGCCAUAGUCCGGCAGUUCCUCUACAACGAGUUCAGCGAGGUCUGCGUGCCCACCACGGCCCGCCGUGUCUACCUGCCCGCCGUCGUCAUGAACGGCCACGUCCACGACCUGCAGAUCAUGGACUUCCCCCCCAUCACCGCCUUCCCCGUCAACACCCUGCAGGAGUGGGCGGACGUGUGUUGCAGGGGGCUCCGGAGCGUCCAUGCCUACAUCCUGGUCUAUGACAUCUGUUGCUUUGACAGCUUCGAGUACAUCAAAACCAUCCGCCAGCAGAUCCUGGAAACGAGGGUCAUCGGCACUUCGGAGACGCCCAUCAUCAUCGUGGGCAACAAGCGGGACCUGCAGCGGGGCCGGGUGAUCCCGCGCUGGAACGUCUCCAACCUGGUGAAGAAGACGUGGAAGUGCGGCUACAUCGAGUGCUCGGCCAAGUACAACUGGCACAUCCUGCUGCUCUUCAGUAUUCAGCGCCACGCUGGGCAGUAA